ACACGCCCUAGACUAGAGAAACCAACGCCUAGCCUUCCUACUACAUAUGUAUGUUGAACACAUGCAUAAUAUACACACCACAUACAUAACAUAAGACGAGUGCGGUGCCCUCUGCGCCUCAGUCUCUCUACUACUCUCUACCCUUCUCCCACUUCCCACUCCUCUCCUCUGUUUCAUUGCCUAUUUCCUGCUACAAACCCUCUUCAUCUCCCUUCAAACUCUUCUACAUACGACAAAAACGAGGGUAUUUAGUGUACAUGCGGCGGUUCUGAUGGCGGCGCCACCCGUGAAAUCUCAACCAUUGCACAACUUCUCUUUGCCCCACCUCAAAUGGGCCCACAAGAACGCCUCCUCCGCCCCUGGCUCCAGUUCCCAACACCACCGCUUCCGCCGUCGAGACUCCCCUGAUCAACAUCAACACCGCUUCCAAGAUCCUGACUCCGACCCCGGAACGCGACUCACCAAUCCUAAGCAACAACCGCCUGUCGGUUCUUCACGGAAAGAUUCUGUUUUGCCGAUGGGAGAGGAGGAUAAUGAGGAUGACAAACCGUGGAACUUGCGACCGAGGAGGGAGAUCAUAAGAGCGUCUUCGACUUCCAAUAAAGAAACGGGCGCUGAGAAUAAUGAUAACAAAGGCUAUAGCAAAAGUAACGGGGUAAAGUCACAGCGGCUCAGGGGGUUGGUGGAAGGAAGGCAGCAGAAUGGUGGAGUUGAGAGAAGGGGUAAGAGGAAAGUUUGGAUUUCGCUAUCGAGGGAAGAAAUCGAAGAGGAUGUUUAUGCUUUGACAGGCGGCCGGCCCGCCCGCAGGCCAAGACGAUGGCCUAAGAACGUUCAGAAACAACUCGAUAGGCAGAUUCAAUGUUGAUAUGUAGAUUCUGAAAGCAAUUGGUUUGCUUCAAAGGGUGGAGUAUGGACCAUUUUAUGAUAUCUAGACCCAUGUUUUGUUGGUCUUGUGUUUCCUAAGAUACUAUUAUGUUAUCUUAGACCUCAUUCCCUACAUGCUAUUGGGAGCAGAAUCCUAAUUGCUUGCAAUGUUUAGUUAGUCAUGUCCUCGUGUUAAUAUCACAACAUACUGAUAAGUGUGACCCUCCUAUUAGCUUCUAGUUUAAGUUGAUCAUUCACUCAUGUUUAUUCCCCUUGCCUCCCAUCUCUCUCGCUGUUAGUCUCAUACACAUAUGUUUUAGGCAAGAAUCCUACUGUCAUUGACUUUACUGCUCAGG